GGUGUCAAAUAUAUUAGUAGGAGGAGACCGGCUGACUGAGGGGAACUGUCGAAACAUACAGUGGGCCUUCGCAGAUGGUGCUACAAAGGAAGACAGACUGGAAGGUCUCAUCUUUAAGUUUGAGGACUGGCAUGCCAUCAGAAACCUCUUUGAAAUCUAUCAUCGGAUUUUCUAUGAUGGUGCAUCCUCAAAAGACCAUGGCACACUUCUUGCCAACAUGACGAAGUUGAGGUAAAAAUGUCUGCUAUCUGCAAUACCAUGAAUACAUACUGUUCAUACUGUUUGUAACAAUUAUUACAGUUGUUUACACAGUCUGCUUUAUGAUUACAUUAUGCUUGUCUUUACAGUAUAAAAAAUAUAUUUUUUAACUCCAAUGAUUAUAAGUACUUUUUGUUGACCAUGCUUUCCACAGUUGUUUCACAGAAAUCCAGUUCAUAUGUCUGUAUAUUUCAUGAAUUGGGUUGGUAUGGGAUGGGGAACACAGUCUUGCUAUCAUGAACACAGCCCUUCUGUUCUCCGGGGGCAUUACCUAAAGUAAUGCACUUGUAUGGUAUGUUUUCAACUUAAUGCAUUUUUUCACUAACUGUGUAUGGGCAGUUAAGAGGGGCUUUGUCAAGAUGUUUUUUUGUUAAUUUCAACAGUGCUAAAGAGCCCACUGGACACACAAUACUCUUACUGUCCCUGUGCAAAAGACUGUUUCUAACACAUUAAAUUGUGUGUGUGUGAAAGAGAGAGAGAGAGAGAGUGAGACGGUGGUAGUGUAGAGGACCUGGUCGGCAUGCAAUAAAGUUGUGGGUUCAAUGCCCUUAUGAUAUCCCCUUGUAAUAUUACUGACAUAUGUAACUUAAUUUGGAUGAAAGCAUCUGCUAAAUCAAUAAAUAUGAAUGUCUGUGAGAGAUGGACAGAAUAACACUGAGAAAACAAUGUCCACCAUUCGCUAAACUAUAUAUUUCUGUUACAUAGGUGCAGCAAUGCAAAACAAGGUCCCCAUGCAGCUUACAAUGCCUAUAAGGAAUUUGUGCGCAAGGACACAACUGCACUCUUCAUAGCUGCUGCAAUGGAGCACUUUGGGUUGCAGGAUGUCGCAGAAAUUCCAGAUGGGUUUGUCCCAGUGGAUGUCAAUGACGGAUUGCCACAACUGAAGAGGAGCUGGCUGCAUGACAAGGUUGGACAGGUUGUGGACACCUUUGUCAUGCUGACAGACAUCACAGAAGCAGCAAGUCAAAGGCAGGCUUCGACAGAGCCACGGCAGAGGCAGCAGUUUCCGUGUCGUGCGGACGGGUGUGGCAAUGUGUAUACAUACGUCAAGGCAAGGGAAACACAUGAGCAAAAGAAACACAAUAUUGUGGCUCCAUCAGAAUCUUCUCCAGAAAAUGCGAGUCCAACAAACCAAGAUCACAAAAAAAAACACACAGAAGCCAGACUUGGCUUUGGCUUCUUCUUGCUAAACAUGCAGGAUGCAGUAAGAGAAGGGGAUGGCGAGAGACUAAUGAGACUUUAUAAAGUUGCCCUGCUUUUCUAUAAAGCGUAUGGGCACAGCCAUUAUGCCUAUAGCACCUUCCUACUAACGCUGCAGGUUAACGUCACACUGUCCCCACGCAUGGCACACAGUGUGAUAUGGAACAGGUUUUGGAAUGGUACAGGGGGAAAGGGGAAAAAUAUUUCUCUUGACCUCCAUCUGGAACACCUGAACAAUUUCUUAAAAUCAUUCAUAAAAGGCUUGGGGCCAAACCUGUCAGAAAUGUCAGCAGACAGAAUUAGUAAGUCAAUUGGCAUCCUCAAGGAGCUGAUGGACAAAACAGACACAGAGCUGGAGCUGUCAAGGCCGACUGGCCUUCACCAUGUAGCCCGAGAACAGGAGGACGUUUUAACCCUGGUCAACGUUUUAAGGCAGGCUCAACUUUUCCAACAUCAGCCAGGCAGACAGUUUCACGCAUUCCCGAAUUUCAGAAAGAACUUAUUGGUAAAACUGAAAUACCGGGAAUUAUGGCAGUGGAUGAAGUCCAAAUUAAUGGAAUGGAGAGAUGUCUCUAUUUAAACAAUUAUGGUGAUGGCAUUACAUUUGUAAGUACUGUUUUCAAAUGGGACAUUGUAAUUAUAUAUAUAUAUAUAUAUAUAUAAUUAUUUUAUUUUUGUCUCUUUUUGUAUCCACAUUCUUGAAGCUUUUACGUUUGUUUUCUUAUUGGUUAUGUUCAACGUGUAUACAUAACCUAUUAUGUGGAGAUAUUAAAAGUCUUUUAACUUGU